AUGGGAAACUGCAUAGAUGUUUUGAUGCAUCGGCCAAAAGAGAAGAUUAGAGUUCUCAUGUCUGAUGGAGGAGAUGAGUUCAAUGCCUGGGCACCUGCUGAAAAAAUCACCCGUGGCCCUUACAAUGGCCUUAAGCUGGUACACCAUGCUGAGCCUCAUUCAUCAUUGCCACCCAACACCAGGCUAGAACCUUAUCUCUUACCACUCCAGGCACAGCCUCCUUGCCCUCCGAUUCCUUCAAGAACGGCCAACCCCAAAACUGGCAAGAGACGGAAAGUGCAGAUUGUGGUGACUAGGGAACGGUAGGAGUUGCUGUUAAGAACCACGCAGAAGUUCGAGUCCAAAGCUUCCUUUUCUCUAGUUGAUGCUUCUCUCUUCAUCUUUUUAGACUCUACUUCAAUGGAUUUUGUCAGUGCAUCAACCUUCUUCAUGAGCAUCUGGCAAGGGAUUUUACCUCAGGUCAGUGCAGGUUGGAAUGCCUGCAUUACAAACAGUACUGAACGAUUCUGGCCUGGCUGUAUUGAAGCCCAAAUCGUGUUCACUGCCCGCCCAACUCUUUUGGGCUUGCUCACCCCAAUGACUUGCACGAUUGGGCUGCUAAUUGCAGAAACCAUAACUUCUUUCUCCCACCCUCUCCCUCUCUAUUGUUGUGUUGUAAUUCUAGUUCAACUGGCAAUGGAUAUCCAAGAAAAGCUCAUGCAGCACAGAUCUAAUGUCGCCAUGACAUUUAUUGUUUCAGUCGUAAUCUCCUUGCUGUUGUAUGCAUCCCCUCGGCUCAUAAACAUUCUGACCUACUUCUGGCCUCUAUUUGCCUCUACGGCUGUCUUGUUGGUGGCAAUAAUAGGCUUUGGAGGCCUUUCCCAGUUGGCAUCUGAAACUCACGGUUACAAAGCAGGCGAAGGAAUCAUAGAUUAUGUUCAACGCAGACCAGAACAUACAGAAGUGUCUUAAAGGUUUGAGCAAACUUAGAAGGUUCAACUUUCAAGCUUCAAUGAGUGGGUUCAGAAUUUUUCUGGUGCUUAUUCAUCAAUGACUUCGUAUUCUCUGUAACUAUAUGACUGCAUAAAAAGAUGUUUCAAUCUCCCACUCUGUUUGUUCUAAAUAUGAAAACAACUUGGAUGACAUGGAAAAUGUAAAUCCUGGAAGUAAUAUUGCAAAGACGGUUUCUCUA